AUGGCGGAGCGGAGCCGCGGCUCUCGGCGGCGGCUGCUGCUGCUGCUGCUGCUGGCCGGCUCCGCCGCCAGCCCGGCGGAGGAGGGCGGCGGGCGGCGGGAGGCGGGCGGCGGAGAGCACGGCGAGGAGGCGGCGCGGCACCACGACUCCUCGUACGGCACCUUCGCCAGCGAGUUCUACGACCUGCGCUACCUCUCCGAGGAGGGUUACCCUUUCCCUACUGCUCCUCCUGUGGACCCAUUUGCAAAAAUCAGAGUUGAUGACUGUGGAAAAACCAAGGGAUGCUUCAGGUAUGGUAAGCCUGGGUGCAAUGCGGAGACUUGUGACUACUUUCUAAGUUACCGUAGAAUAGGAGCGGAUGUUGAAUUUGAGUUGAGUGCCGACACAGAUGGCUGGGUGGCAGUGGGAUUUUCCUCAGACAAGAAAAUGGGAGGAGAUGAUGUUAUGGCUUGUGUUCAUGAUGAUAAUGGAAGAGUGCGGAUACAUCACUUCUAUAAUGUUGGUCAAUGGGCUAAAGAAAUCCAGAGAAAUCCUGCUAGAGAUGAGGAAGGCGUUUUUGAAAACAAUCGUGUGACGUGUCGAUUCAAGCGUCCUGUGUAUGUUCCCCGAGAAGAAACCAUUGUAGAUUUGCACUUGAGUUGGUACUACCUGUUUGCUUGGGGUCCAGCAAUCCAGGGUUCUAUAACUCGUCACGAUAUAGACUCUCCACCCGUGUCGGAGCGUGUUGUCAGUAUUUACAAGUACGAAGAUAUUUUCAUGCCUUCGGCUGCCUAUCAGACCUUCUCUUCUCCAUUCUGCUUGCUCCUCAUUGUUGCACUGACCUUCUAUUUAUUGAUGGGAACCCCAUGACCAAUGGAAAAUAGCAAGAAUUUGGCAUUGGAAGUUUCUCAGGAUGGACGGCUAUAUGAAUGGACAAUGCAUUUUUCUAUUGGAAUUUAUAUCACAUCACCAUCCUCAUCUAGAUGCUUUUGAACAUAGCUUCUCAGAAGAGUGAAAUAACCAUCUCCCUUGAGUGGCAGAGUGGUGACAAAUCAUUUAAGAAUAAUCAGUGAACAAAUAGGAGAAUAUUUUCUGUGUUGUGACUACUUGCUUAAGAAAAAUGAGACUUUUGUAAAAUCUCUGUGUGUGUGUGUGUGUGUGUGUGUGUGUGUGUGUUUGGGAGGGGUGCCUGUAUGUGUGUUUAGGUCAAUUUAGUGAUGGACAUCUUAUCAAAUAACAAAAUUGCCUUUCAAAUUGCUACAAAAAAGCAAAUUUGGGAAAAUUCUGCAAUGCUGUUUGGUACUUCUAGAGCAGAGAGCACAACUCCAAGUGCAAUUUCUGAUCUUAAGAUCUGUAAACCAACACAGCAGUAUAAAACCUGCCCUUCAGUAGCAGACAGUUCUCCCAUUUUUUUUUUUUUAAUUUAUAUUUAUCAAAGUGUACUUGCUGUGGU